UUCAUAAAGUCAACAAAACAAGUUACGUGCUGUUCUGCAGUCUUAGUACGUCUAAGGGAUUAACUGAUUCAAGUGUUAUAAAUUCAUUCAUUCGUUAAUAGUUAGUUAUUGAAUUUACUUAGUGUAAGUGCUUAUUUAGUUUCUUCAGUUAAUUGGAAUUAAAAAAACAACAUGCGUGUGUGUGUGAUCGGAGCUGGUGCGGCCGGUCUCUGCGCGGCGCGUCACCUCAUCGCAGAACCCAGCGUCACAGAGGUUGACGUGCUGGAACAGUCAGGCCAGCUGGGCGGCACCUGGGUGUACACGGAGAACGUGGGCUAUGAUGACUUCGGCCUGCCUAUACACACCAGCAUGUACAAGAGCCUGAGAACGAACCUCCCGAAGGAGAUAAUGGGUUUUCCGGAUUUCCCGAUCCCUGAUAGCGAGAAGUCAUACUUGCCAGCGAAAGACAUGCUUGCAUUCCUACAGCUGUACUCCGACAAGCACGGAGUCACAAGGCACAUCCGAUUCAAUCACCAUGUCCAGUUGAUAAUACCCAAACAAGGGCCAAUCGGUGAACUUUGGGACGUCACAUUCAAGGACCUCACCAGUGGGCUGAGCAAAACCAAGGAGUAUGACUAUUUGUUUGUAUGUAACGGUCAUUACAACACACCGUUUAUACCCAGUAUACCAGGCCUCAAGGAAUUUGAAGGUGAUGUGAUGCACAGCCACGACUAUCGAGUCCCGGAUAUCUUCGCCGGCAAGCGGGUUCUGGUGGUGGGAGCCGGUCCGUCCGGCAUGGACAUCGCGUACGAAAUCACCAGCGUCACCAAGAAGGUUAUCCUGAGUCAUCAUCUCAAGGAGCAGCCGCGGUCAGUGUUCCCGGACAAUCUAGUGCAGAAGCCGGACGUAAAGAAACUUCAGGGCAAAACAGCCGUAUUCCAAGAUGGCAGUCAAGAAGAUAUCGACGUUGUAUUCCUUAGCACUGGCUACCUCUACAACUUUCCGUUCCUCCACGCUUCGUGCGACAUUGUGGUAGAAGAUAACUGUGUUGAACCGCUGUACAAGCACCUCGUCAACAUCUCACACCCCACCAUGUGCUUCAUCGGGGUGCCCUACUAUGUGUGCGCCUACUCGAUGUUUGACCUUCAGGUCCGAUAUUACCUGCGAUCCAUGAACGGGACCUUCAAACUACCGUCCCGGGAAGAAAUGACUGCGCAUUGGGAGGAUGAGAAACAGGACCGAGCGGCGCGAGGCUUCACUAAGCGCCAGGCACAUAUGAUGGGGCCUGAUCAGGAAAAGUAUUACGCGUCGCUGGCCACUGAAGCGAACACCUCCAACCUGCCUUCAGUCAUCACCAAAAUAAGGGAGGAGAGCUCCAUCAGGUUCCUGCACAACCUGCAGAGCUACCGGCAAGACGUCUACAAGGUCAUCGAUGACGACACCUAUGAAAUUAUAAGCAAUGGCAAACGGGAGAUAUUGUGUUGAAAUGGCGGGAUGCAAAGAUUUCGAUUGUAGAUAUGCCCUGUUUAAACCGGUCUGUAAAUUGUAAUAGUGCCUAAAGGACAACGCCAGAAAUGUUUGAAACUUCACCCUUGUCAUUGUAGUAUUAUAUUAAUUAAACCCACAUUAGUUUUAUAUUCACAUUAAUGUAAAAAUGAUCACACCUCCACGUCCAAACAUUGUUACUCUAUCUGCCCACACUCCUAACAUGUCUUAUAGUCGGAAAAAUGUAAUAGGCCCGUUUUGACAUUUGUGCAAGACCAUAGAAUGUAACUUGGAA